UUUUCUCACUGAUUGAGAGUUUCGGAAGAAUGGUUGUGCCUGUUUAUUUGUUCGUCGUCGUCUUCUUGUUCCUGUCGGCUGACCAUGUGCUUCUUCUAUCGUUUGCUUCUGGAGAUUGCCCACCUUUCUUUGAAUGUGGGAGUCUGGGCAAGCUCUCGUUCCCUUUAACCACUCCACAAAGCAGAGAUUGUGGAAUUUUGCCCAUUCAUGGCUGUGAACACCCCAACGCUGAGAAAACCGUGCAAUUAGGAGCAAAGCUGUUUCAAGUGACGGGGAUAAGACAUAGGUUCCAUAAUAAAGUUUACAUUAGAGACGGAGAUUUACAGAAGCGUUUGGUGAAUGAUAGUUGUGAUGCCUUGUGCUGCAAUAUUACUCUUCCUCCAAGCUCGCCCUUGGGUUCCUUUCAUAUAUUUCCAAAUAUAACCAUGUACAAAUGUAAUAGUUUGCUCAAUUACAGGCUUCCAAAGCAAUUCUUGAACUAUACAGGAUGUGGUCAGAGUAAGAAUGAGACCAUCUUCUUCAGAACGCAAGAUGAAGAUGAUACUCCAUCUUCUUUAGCAGCAUGUCCAAGGGUUCAGGUUCCAGUAAACAUGCAGGCUUUCUCUGCUAAUCCAUUUACAUUCAUAGCUUCUGAAUUCGGCGUCAGUAUUCAGCUUUCUCCUGAUUGUGGUCAAUGUCGUUUUGAGAAAGGCUUAUGCAGGCUCAACAGCACCGGAGGAUUUUAUUGUCUCAAAUUUAAAGAAGAUGAAAAUAAAAGACAGGCUUGGAAGCAGGGAUUGCUAAUAGGUUUUGGAGUGGGAUCAGGCAUUCUGAUAUUAGCGUUGCUGCUCUGCUUCGGACUCUACAAACACAAACAGAAUGCUAUAUCCCAUGUCAGACUUCGAUCAACGAAUCAAUACCCAAAUGAUGCAGACCCAGACCGUGGCAGACUCUUCUUUGGAGUCCCAAUCUUCUCCUACACGGAGCUUCAAGGCGCAACCAACAACUUUGACCCCUCCAAGAAACUUGGAGAUGGCGGCUUCGGCUCUGUUUACUAUGGAAAGCUCCAAGAUGGGCGUGAAGUUGCAGUGAAGCACCUAUUCAACCACAACUACAAGCGAGUAGAACAAUUUAUGACAGAAGUUGAGAUCCUCACUCUCCUGCGUCACCAAAAUCUUGUCUGCCUCUAUGGUUGCACUUCACGUCAGAGCCGUGAGCUUCUUCUUGUUUAUGAAUACAUUCCAAAUGGCACUCUUGCCAGUCACCUUCAUCGCAGCUCUACAAAUCCUGCAUUGCUGACAUGGCCUGUUCGAACCAAAAUCGCCAUAGAAACCGCCAGUGCUUUGGCUUACCUUCAUGCUUCCGGCAUUAUCCACCGUGACGUCAAAACCAACAACAUUCUUCUUGAUAAGAACUUUUGUGUUAAGGUUGCAGAUUUUGGACUUUCUAGGUUGUUCCCAGAUGAUGUCUCUCAUGUCUCUACAGCUCCACAAGGAACACCAGGCUAUCUUGACCCAGAAUAUCACUAUUGCUUUAGACUGACUGAUAAAAGUGAUGUGUAUAGUUUUGGGGUUGUGCUUAUGGAGCUGAUAUCUUCAAUGCCAGCAGUUGAUAUGGGAAGGAGCAAAGAUGAGAUUACAUUGGCGGGUCUUACAGCUAGAAAGAUUCAGAGGAAUGAAUUUGAGGAGUUGGUGGAUCCAUCUUUAGGGAUUGAGAAAGAUAGUGAGGUGAAAAAGAAGGUGUUUGCAGUAGGAGAAUUGGCAUUCCAGUGUUUGCAAAUAGAUAAAGAGAUGAGGCCUUCCAUUGAUGAGGUUUUAGAGGUUUUGAGGAAAAUCGAAGGUGGGAAAGUAGAAGAAGAAGAAGAAGAAGAAGACAAGGAUACCGGGAAAGACGGAGAUGGUGGUGAAGUUUUAAAGAAUAAAGCAAAUAUAAAAGCACGAGCAGUGACUUCAAUAAGCUUUGAUCAGGCAAAGUGUUCAAGUCAGUAUCUUCUCCAAACACAUAAUCCAGAAAUGGGGAAAUGGAAAAAUUGAUCAGGGAAAGUUGUUUAGCGUUUAAUUCUAAGAAGUUUUGGGCACGUGGUUAUUCUUUUUUUAAUAUAUAAAAGUUUAGAUGAGUAAUUA